AUGCUCGUCGACACGAACACGCGCGACACGGCUGCUGAGAUCUUGGGGCGCAAGGUCUCGGCACCCAUCGGCUUCGCGCCUAUCGGCAUCAACAAGAUCUGCAAUGCGGCGGAUGAGCUGCCUGUUGCGAAGGCUGUGGCCGAGGCCAACGGCGAGGGCCCACGCUUCUUCCAGCUGUGCAUCCCCCACGAUGAUGGGCUGACGGUCUCGCUGCUGAGACGCGCGUACGAGUCGGGCUUUUCGGCGUGCAUAUUGACUGUUGAUGGCGACUCGGCUGGCGGCAUAGCAAUUACGCCUUCUAUCACGGCAUCGGCGCGGACCUGGGUCCCAGUGACCCGGUUUUCCAAACGAGGCUGGCCGGGGACGCGCUCGGGGCAAAGUUCGAGGCUGUGGGUGUGGGGUCUUUCCAUCAUGGGGGCGCGUCAUGUCAUGAAGAGCCUGCUGGCCGGCUUUGACAUUCUGCUGAACGUCGCCGGCUUCCAGGACAUAAGUCGGAUUGAGAAGAGCGCAUCAGGUGAGUGUGCCGCGUCGUCCGUCGGCGAGGUCGCGUAG